UAAGAAAACCAGCCCUUGCAAAUGUGAGUCCGUAACGUGUUAGCUCAACUAAGCUUCUUGAUCACGAUGUUUUUCUCUACUUUUGAUAUGACGGUAAUGCGGUGUUGUUAGAUAGCGCUACAUGUUCCCAACCACGUUAUUCGCAUAUUACUUAGCUUUAUUAUAUUUUGCGGUAUAUGUUGUAACCUGCAUGUAUCGGCUAUGUCACCUACUAACUGUACGUGGACGGCGCUCGCUCAGUGUGCUGCUAGUCCUUGUCAUAAUGAGUGACCCCCGUGGUGUUUUGGACAGAGGGUGUGUUGUGGGCCCGUGGCGGAUGUGGAGCGGCGGUGCGUCGAGGGGACUAACUCCAUAACUUGCUAUUUGUCGGUUUGUACGGGAAAUUAUGCAGGUGUGUCAUUUCCAGCAUCUCUUACGGCAGUUCGACAAGAACGAGCCGGGCCGGUUUCUCGGCGAAGGCGUGGCGUUCCGAGCGAAGCUGAUCGGCGUGCUCGAGGUGCCCGAGGCUCGCGGCGACAGGAUGUGCCAGGAGGCGCUGGCCGACCUCAAGAUGGCGAUCCGCGCCGCCGGCGAGCACAAGCAGAGGAUACAGGUCCACGUCGCCAUCGACGGCCUCAGGCUGCGCGAUGAUAAGACUGGUGACUCGCUGUACCACCACCCCGUGCACAAGAUAUCGUUCAUAGCGCAGGACAUGACGGACUCGCGCGCCUUCGGCUACAUAUUCGGCUCGCCCGACACCGGACACCGGUUCUUCGGUAUCAAGACUGAUAAAGCUGCUAGUCAAGUAGUUAUAGCGAUGAGAGACUUAUUUCAAGUUGUGUUUGAGCUGAAGAAGAAGGAGGUGGAAAUGGCGAAGCAGCAGCUAGAAGGCAAGACGGUAACCAGCAGCUUGGUGCGGCACACGACCAAUACGUCCACUGAAAACAAGGCUAAGAGUAUAACAUCUACGGAGGCGACCUCAUCGACGUCUAAAGCUGCAGAUAUCGGCGCGGAAGGCGGCGUCGCGGAGCUGGUGGACCUGGAGCAGGAGCUCAGCUCCCUCCGGCGGGGACUGACGCAAGUCGAGGGUCUGACCCCUUCCAACGACCCAUUUGGGGACUCCUUCACUGCGAUACCCGCACAGAAGGGCCUCCUGCCCCCACCGCCGGCUACAGUAGCGGGCCCGCGCGGGGCCCGGGCCGCGCCCUCCACAACCUCCCGCGCAGUGUUCAGCCCCGGCAAGACCGCGCCCCCGCUCCCCUUCGACCUCGCCACCGUCGCCGCUGACUUCGAGCCCACGCCCGCCCUCGUCGACAACCUCACGGAAACCGCGCCGGUAUGCCAGCCCAGCGCGUCAACGACGCAGUCGCUCAGUUACGACGUAUUCACGGAACUAGACCCCCUCGGCACCGGCCGGAGUAAACCUUACGUUGACAAAAAACUCUUCUUUCAGGAGCUCAAAAAUCCGCCAAAGAAAGUGCUCAAAGACCUCGUGUCCACACAGAGCCUUAUAUCAGACAUAUUGCCGGUGAGCACCGACACUAAGAUAGAGCAUUACGGGCCGGCGACGACGAUGACGUCACUGUCGCGGCACUCGGGCGGCUCGGUAGCGAUCGUCAAGCCGACGCAGACCGCACUGUUCUCGGGGAACUUUUUCUCGUCCGAUCCGUUCGCGGAGACAGAUCCUUUCGAUAACACAGAUCCGUUCUCGGACUCGUUCAAAGACGAUCCGUUCACGAGCAUGGCGGAGUUCCCCAAGGCGAGCGCGCUGCGGGUGGACGUGCGGCCGGACGAGCUGAAGGCCAAGCCCGAGCGCGCCGAGCCCGGCCCGCCGCCGCUCGAGAACGGCCGCAGCGUGUUCAACGGCCCGCUGCAGGUCUCGCUGCCGCCGGAGCCCGUGCCCAAGUCGCCGCGUCUGCAGAGACAGAGCACAGAGGGCAGCAUGGUCCGCCAGCGGCCGCAAGCCCACAAGCUGAGCGUAGAGAGCGCGUCGCCACCGCCGCCGCUGCCGCCCAAGAAGGCGGGCGAGGUGGGCGGGGUCCGCCCGCCCCCGCGACCCCCACAUGACCAUGAUGAUGACGAGGGCCCGCCUCAGUUGCCCAAGCCCGCCAUGCGACGGGAACCGCUGGCGGACCGCAGCAUGAAGCCGCGCCUGUCGUCGGCGGCCACGAACAGCAGCGAGGACGAGUACCUGACGCCGGCGCCGCCGCCGCUGCCCACCGCGCGCCGCUUCGACAUCACGCUCAGCCAGCUGCUCACCUGCACCAUGGACGAACUGGCCCACAGGUUACGAGUCCCCGCCGCUACACUAUCGUCUAUGACUUUGCCGCAACUGACCGACUACCUCAGGUCGUACCUAGCUGCCGACAACGAUAGAGCGCAUAUACACGUUGAGCCUUCGACGAGGGUUGAAAAGGAGAAACCAUUGACAGCUUUAUCUGGGCUAUCGACCCCUAGCGGUAUUCUCGACAAGCCAACACAGAACGACUUCAAACCACAGUUCGAAGACAACUUCACCCCAACAGCGGAAAUCACGGACACAUUUGUCGCAAACUUCGACGACUUUGACAAAAAAGCGAAUGCUUCGUACGACCGAUACGCGGCCUUUAGGGAAAUUCAAGAGGAAGAGUUAAAAGCCAAGUCUAUUUUAGACCCUAUAGACAUCUUAGAGGCGGAACCGAAGCAAGACUCAGACGAAAAGGAACUAACGGCUAUAGAUAAUCUGAUGAGGGCUAAUCAAGAUCGGGAAGUUGAGGCCAAAGAGCCAGCCCGUAGUCCUUUAAAAACUUUAGACGAAUUGACGCUGGAUUCCUUCAAUAUGUUCAGGAACUCCGUCAGUCCGAAACCGUCGCAGAUUGACGCGAAAAUUGAGGAUAUCAAGUCUGUGAUGAAGACUCUUCAGAUUGAGAAGGUCAGGAGGAGCACGUCACCGCGCGAUAAUGGUCACGUUGAGGUUAAACUGGAGAAUACCAAUGAUAGGUACGCAGCACUCCGCGAAAUAACAAUAACAGAACCACCACAAGACGAAUUUGAAUCCCUACCGCCUGAAGUACCCAAAGAACGAAAGAAAUCCGACGAGAAAUCUGAUGGGUUCGACAACUCAGACUUCUUUGACUGCAUCGACAAUAGCUCGCUCUCUUUCACACACGUUGAGGACGCGUUCAGGAAGAGUCCUGUUGUGAAGGAGAGGGAAAGAGAGGAGGAGAAGAAGGUUGAGGAGGUUAAGAAGGAGUUGACGCCUGUUGAGCUGACGCCGUUGCCGGUCAGGGACCUGGCGCCGCCGCCCGCGAGACUCUCGACCGGGUCUAUUAGUGAUGUUGUGAGCGGGUCCUCGCCUGAUACUAAAGAGAAGCUGGUGGGUGUGGUGGUGGGCGGCGCGGCGGGCGGCGCGCGCUGGGCGGUGCUGGGCGGCGCGCCCGCCUCGGCCGGCUCCAGCGACUCGCGCGACUCCGAGCCGCGCCCGCGCGCGCGCCGCGCCCGCCACCACGACCCGCCCGCCAGGAAGCCCAUCGUACAAACAUCAUCGUCAUCUCGCGACGUGUCUCCGUGGGACGAGGAGUUACCUCCCGUCACGCGGCUGCAGCGACCUCCCCCCUCACACAGAGACAGGGAUUCCAGACACAAUUCAUCCGGCUCGAGAGAAUGCCUAGACUCCGGCAGCGGGCGAGAGAAAGACAAACUGCGUGAAAAACGUGAAAUAAGAGACAGAGACAUAAGCAGAGACGGCAGAGACUCAGCUAGAGACCGCAGAGACUCGGCGCGAGACUCCGGCAGCGGCCGCGACCGCCGUGACGUCAGCAAGGAGAGGGACCAUAGAGACAGAAGGGACCGGAGGAGUAGAGACAGGGAGAAUGACUCGUGGGACAGGGACAGGACGUAUAGCAGGGACAGGGAGUACCGCGACUCCAGGAGUAGAGAGAGACUGCCGAAAGACUACAGAGAUAAGGAUAGGGAUAGACAUAGGAAGCCGAGACAUUCGUAUGAUGAGGAGGAAGACUACAGUGACGGAUGCGGGUCGGGGCGCUCGUCUCCCAGAGAUCGGUGGCCGGACCAGCGUUGGAGGAGGGAUGAGAGAAAUUACGGUUCACUCGGCUGGCGCGAGACGAGGCGCCGAGCAGAACUAAGACAGAGUGAAGAUCCCAGCGAUAGGAGAUACGGGUCUACGCUGUCCUGGUCAUCACGACGCUCGGGCUCACGACGUGACGUAGUUCGGGACGUGACACGCGACGUGCCGCGUGACGUGACCCGCGAGGCCGUCCGUGACGUCACGCGGGACCGGGACUCGGGCCGAGAGCGGGACUCUGGCCGAGAACGGGAUUCGGGGCGGGAGCGGGACUCAGGGCGGGACACUAGAGAGCCACGACGGAGAGUGAGGAGGGAGGAACCCCGCCGGCCGAGGGAUUACCGCUUUAGUAAUGACUUUUCCCCCCGAGAGAGGGAACACGCCUCGCCCUUCGAUAACGACUUCACUGAGCCGCCCACACCGACCACUAAGAAACGAGCGCCGUACGCGAGCUUGGAGGGAACCAGGUUCGCGUUCGAGCCGGAAGACGUGACCGCCUCCCCGCUGUCAGUGUCGAGCGCGCGGCUGGAGCAGAGCGCGAGCCGCUUCCGCUUCGACUCGGACUCGGUGUCGCCGCGCUCCAUGUUCGAGGACGACUUCUCCGCGCCCCGCCCCCGCACCGCCUCCAUCGCCGAGGAGGAGGAGGGCGAGGUCCCGCCCCUGCGGGCCCGCCCCCCGCCCGCCACCACCCGCGACAUCCGUAAGUCUGAUUCUAUAAACAUCUUCACGCGCGAGUCUGACCCCUUCGAAGGCGACGCGUUCUUCGCGUGUACGGGCUCGGACCGCGCGGCCCGCCGGGAGAACUGGCCGGGAGACUUCCAAGGGUUUGACAACGCGUGAGCCGGCCUCCGGCGCCGCCCCGGACCGGUCCGGUUCGGACCCGCAGUGUAGCACUAUUGUGAGCAGCUGAUAAUCCUCGUGCCUCCCUUUAUUUAGUUUCUUGCCUUUAACUUGCGAUGUAUGAAUGUCCAUUGUUUUAAAUACCCAUAUACUUAUUGAGAGAAUAUUGAUUUUUCCAUGAGCAGAGUAAUAUGGUCGAGACAGAUAGUUCAAUCUCUCUUCCACAAAUAAAACGUUUGACGAUGGAAAAGUGUUGAUGCAAUCAAAAAAUGCCUUUACCUUGUCACAGUAUCAUGCAAAUAACGUAACAAGCAGGUUGACUAUUUCUAAAAAA